GCCGGGCCCGCCCCCUAGAGAGCGCGCGGAGAGGGUGGUGCAGGCCGCCCGCCGCCUUCCGCCCUCAGCAGGCUCCGCGUAUUCCGGGGCUCCGGCUGCGCUCGAGCACCGCCUUAUCCUUGUCCUCCGCGAUGCAGGCGGCUGCCGGGCACCGAGGCUGUCCGAGUUCCGGCCGCGCCGUGGACUGCGAGCCGCUCUCGCCGGGGGCGGGGCUGGGGGCGGCAGCGGACUUCCUUCCGGCCGGGGCUGGGCUGCGCACGCGCGGUGGGGCCCACGGGCGCGCCGACAGGAGGUCGGUGGGGUCGCCUCGAGCGCUCGCCGCCCGCACAGAGAUGCUUCCCCGCGCGCGGGCGGUGGGCGAGAGGCUGAGGCAGCGACUGCGGCUGGACGCAGGGCGCGAGCUCUGCCGCCAGUACCCGCUGUUCUGCUUCCUGCUGCUUGGCCUCAGCGCCGCCUCCCUGCUUCUCCACAGGUAUCUUCAUGUUUUAAUGAUCUUCUGGUCAUUUGUUGCUGGAGUCGUCACAUUCUACUGCUCAUUUGGACCUGAUUCUCUCUUACCAAACAUAUUCUUCACAAUAAAAUACAAACCCAAGUUAGCACUUCAAGAAUUAUUUCCUCAAGGUCAUAGCUGUGCUGUUUGUGGUAAAGUGAAAUGUAAACGACAUAGGCCAUCCUUGCUGCUUGAAAACUACCAGCCAUGGCUAGACCUGAAAAUUCCUUCCAAGGUUGAUGCAUCUCUCUCAGAGGUUCUUGAAUUAGUGUUGGAAAACUUUGUUUAUCCAUGGUACAGGGAUGUGACAGAUGAUGAGUCCUUUGUUGAUGAAUUGAGAAUAACAUUACGGUUUUUUGCAUCUGUUUUAAUACGAAGAAUUCACAAGGUGGAUAUUCCGUCUAUUAUAACCAAGAAACUAUUAAAAGCAACAAUGAAGCAUAUAGAAGUAAUAGUUAAAGCCAGACAGAAAGUAAAAAAUACAGAGUUUUUACAGCAAGCUGCUUUAGAAGAAUAUGGUCCAGAGCUUCACGUCGCUUUGAGAAGUCGAAGAGAUGAAUUACACUAUUUAAGGAAACUUACUGAACUACUUUUUCCUUAUAUUUUGCCUCCUAAAGCAACAGACUGCAGAUCCUUGACCUUACUUAUAAGAGAGAUUCUGUCUGGUUCUGUGUUCCUUCCUUCUUUGGAUUUCCUAGCUGAUCCAGAUACUGUGAAUCAUUUGCUUAUCAUCUUCAUAGAUGACAGUCCACCUGAAAAAGCAACUGAACCAGCUUCUCCUUUGGUUCCAUUCUUGCAGAAAUUUGCCGAACCUAGAAAUAAAAAGCCAUCUGUGCUAAAGUUAGAACUGAAACAAAUCAGAGAGCAGCAGGAUCUUCUGUUUCGCUUCAUGAACUUUCUGAAACAAGAAGGAGCAGUUCACGUCCUGCAGUUUUGUCUGACUGUGGAGGAAUUUAAUGAUAGAAUUUUGCGACCAGAGUUAUCAAAUGAUGAAAUGCUAUCUCUUCAUGAAGAGUUGCAGAAGAUUUAUAAAACUUACUGUUUGGAUGAAAGUAUUGACAAAAUUAGAUUUGAUCCCUUCAUUGUAGAAGAGAUUCAAAGAAUUGCUGAAGGUCCGUAUGUAGAUGUUGUGAAACUUCAAACAAUGAGAUGUCUUUUUGAAGCAUAUGAACAUGUUCUUUCUCUCUUGGAGAAUGUGUUCACCCCUAUGUUCUGCCACAGUGAUGAGUAUUUCAGACAACUCUUAAGAGGUGCAGAAUCACCAACACGCAAUUCAAAAUUCAACAGAGGUAGCCUAAGUUUGGAUGAUUUUCGGAGCACACAGAAAAGAGGAGAAUCAUUUGGAAUCAGCAGAAUAGGGAGCAAAAUUAAGGGAGUGUUUAAGAGUACCACAAUGGAGGGAGCUAUGUUACCUAAUUAUGGUUUAGCAGAAGGUGAAGAUGAUUUUAUUGAGGAAGGUAUUGUUGUGAUGGAAGAUGACUCUCCAGUUGAAGCUGUGAGCACACCUAAUACUCUCCGGAACUUGGCUGCCUGGAGAAUCAGCAUUCCAUAUGUAGAUUUCUUUGAGGAUCCCUCUUCUGAACGGAAAGAGAAAAAGGAAAGAAUUCCUGUGUUUUGUAUUGAUGUUGAAAGAAACGAUAGAAGAGCAGAAACUGUGAUCCUAUUUCAAAAACAUAAAACAGAAUGGAGACAGAAGAGUGCCCAGGUUGGGCAUGAGCCUGAACAUUGGUCUGUCUAUAGAAGAUACCUUGAGUUUUAUGUACUUGAAUCAAAACUAACAGAAUUUCAUGGCACAUUUCCUGAUGCUCAGCUUCCUUCUAAGAGGAUUAUUGGCCCCAAAAACUAUGAAUUCUUAAAGUCAAAGAGAGAAGAAUUUCAGGAAUAUCUACAGAAACUUCUGCAGCAUCCAGAACUAAGUAAUAGUCAACUUCUAGCUGACUUUCUCUCCCCUAAUGGUGGGGAGACACAAUUUCUCGAUAAGAUAUUACCAGAUGUAAAUCUUGGAAAAAUUAUAAAAUCUGUUCCUGGAAAACUAAUGAAAGAGAAAGGUCAGCAUUUGGAACCUUUUAUCAUGAAUUUCAUUAAUUCUUGUGAAUCUCCAAAGCCUAAACCAAGUAGACCAGAACUGACCAUUCUCAGCCCCACUUCCGAAAACAACAAGAAGCUUUUCAAUGAUCUGUUUAAGAAUAAUGCAAAUCGUGCUGACAAUACGGAGAGAAAGCAAAAUCAGAAUUAUUUUAUGGAGGUGAUGACUAUAGAAGGAGUCUACGAUUACCUGAUGUAUGUAGGACGGGUGGUUUUCCAGGUUCCUGACUGGCUUCAUCAUCUCUUAAUGGGAACACGAAUCCUCUUCAAAAACACGUUAGAAAUGUACACUGACUACUAUCUUCAGUGUAAAUUAGAACAGCUCUUUCAGGAGCACCGUUUGGUCUCACUUAUAACACUUCUCAGAGAUGCUAUAUUCUGUGAAAACACUGAGCCUCGCUCUCCCCAGGAAAAGCAAAAAGGAGCAAAGCAGACUUUUGAAGAAAUGAUGAAUUAUAUUCCAGAUGUGAUAGUCAAGUGUAUUGGUGAAGAAACCAAGUAUGAAAGCAUCAGACUUCUAUUUGAUGGCUUCCAGCAGCCAGUACUCAACAAGCAGCUUACUUAUGUGUUAUUGGACAUUGUGAUACAGGAGCUGUUUCCAGAACUGACCAAGGUACAAAAAGAAGUUACCUCUGUGUCAUCCUGGAUAUAAACAUUUGGAUUUGGUAUAGAAUCAUCCAUUGAAAUUUCUGCUGUUUCUGCUAGUGUAAUAGAAAUGUACAUUUUUCUUUUACGUUUAUAUAUUAUAUAUAUAUAUAUAUCAUGUACUUCAGUGGCUAAAAUUUUGAUUUUUUUUGGUUUUAAUAAAGACUUAUACAAAUUUAAUAAUGAUUAAAAGUGGUUGAAUUUCAUAGCCUUUGUGUAUCGUACAUGUAUCACUUUGAAAAUUAUGUUUAGUGUGGAGGAACAGUAAGGUGUGAUUUUUCUUAUGUAGAGUUGAUACAUUUCAGUAUAUUUGUUUUCUUUUUUUCAUUUUGUACAUAGAUAAUUGUAUCUAUAAAACAUGUAAUAUGGGGCGGCGCCUGUGGCUCAAGGAGUAGGGCGCUGGUCCCAUAUGCCGGAGGUGGCGGGUUCAAACCCAGCCCUGGCCAAAAACCACAAAAAAAAACCCCAAAAAACAUGUAAUAUGAAUUUUUCAUAAUAAACGAGAUUUUUUCCUACUCUUGGUGGAUGACUGACAGGUGAUAGACAUUGGGUGUGAAAACUAUGAACAGAUAUUUUGUGAUUGCGUAAUUGCAACUGUGUUUUCCUGAAUUGUGUGUUAACUGUCUUCCUAAAGCUCAUUUAAAUAAUUUAGAUAAGUAAAUUUUUGGUUUAUGUUUUAAGAGAAAAACAUAGAUUAACUGUAAUUCUUUUUUUGUUUGUUUGUUUGUUUUUUGUGGGUUUUGGCCGGGGCUGGGUUUGAACCUGCCACCUCUGGCAUAUGGGACCAGUGCCCUACUCCUUGAGCCACAGGCGCCACCCUUAAAUAACUUCUUUUUUUUUUUUUUUUUUGGCUGGGGCUGGGUUUGAACCCGCCACCUCCGGCAUAUGGGACCGGCGCCCUACUCCUUGAGCCACAGGCGCCACCCAACUGUAUUUCUUGAAAGUUAAUUUUAAAAGAUUAUUUUUUAAGGAUUCAUUAUUUAGAAUUCUUGGUAUUCCUCACCAUGCAUUUCUCCUUAAAAUAAUGUCUGUCAGUGUUGGAUGUUUUGCAUCUGGUCACUAGGUAUAGUGUUUGUUCAGAGAGUGUUUACUGUGCUUCAGCCGUAUAUUAGAUGCUAAGCUCUGUAAUGUGAGAACUCUGAAUAUAAUUUGGAAAGCUAACACAUUAUUAACACUAUUUGUUAAUUUUCUUUCCAGGGUUUCAAAAAAAUGGUCCUUAUGUGCUACACAAUUUUGAAAAGGUUUAGUUAGCAUUUCUGUUUUAAAAUGAUUGAAGUUUCUAGAAUAUGUAUGAGUUUUUUUGUGAUUAGUAAUUUAAUACCAAGCCUUACACAUUUACUAACUUCUCAGGGGCAGGUAGAAAAUUAACCAGGCUAAUUUAAAUCCAUAGCAAUUUGAACAUUAUUUAAAAUGUUACUGGUGAACUGGAAAAAUAAAAUGUUUUACAUCCCUG